ACCAUAUGAACAUGAAGGUCAAGGUUUUAGUCGCGGUCCUUUUAAGUGCCUAUACAAUGGCUGAACCUCCAGUUGGAGACUAUCCCUAUCCCGAUUACGCUACUCAACGAUCUCUUUCCGAUACAUAUGGCCCUCCUAGUUUUGGCGCAAGAACUCAAAACCAAUUAACACCAACUUACGGCCCUCCCGAAAGUCAAAACGCACGUCUCUCAAAACAAUACCUACCUGCGCAGCGAAGUCUGUCCCAGGAAUAUGGAGUUCCUCGAAAUUUCGAUACUACUGAAUAUUCUGAUGAUUAUAUUCCACCAAGUCAGCAAUAUGGGGUACCAUCAGCCCGAACGCCUCCUCAAGAAUAUGGAUUACCUACAAGUAACUUGAAUGCCGAAGAGGAAUAUAGUAUUGAUGCAAGAAAUGUGCCACAAGAAUACGAAGUAGCAGCCAAAACUCUUCCGUCAACAAGGCUAUCUCAGAACUACGGAGCACCAGCCCGUACCAUUGAUACAUCUGUGCGCGAUUUGACCCGACAAUAUGGAGUGCCAAAGUCACGUUCUCAAAACCUCCCUAAAUCUCAAUUCCCAAAAACCCGGGCAAGCCAAGUGCCUAACUCCUUUGGUGUACCUCAACUACAAAAUAUCCCUACUUCAAGAGUUCAAGACUUCAAUUUAGCUGCAAAAUCGAUUGAUUCUUCUUUCCCAUCCGAUUCUUAUGGAGCGCCUUUGCAAAGGUCAUUUGACACCAUUUCUAAGGAAUAUGGAGUUCCUCAAACUGAAAAACCAGUUUUCCGGUCGCAAAGUAUCUCCCAAACUUAUGGAGUUCCACGUUCAGGGUCUGAUAGCUACGCAAAGAUGUCUAGAUUUGGCGCUGCACAAAACACAGUUUCUACAAGUUAUGGAGUUCCUCGGUUGUCUUCUCAGUAUGGUGUACCAAGCGGCGGUAGAUCAAUAAAACUCUCAGAAUCUUAUGGAGUACCUAAUGCUAAAUCAUUUGAUGAUUCUAGAGUGAGAUCCAACUCAUUUUCCAGCAGUACAUCCUAUCUUCCACCCAGCCGUGAAGCAAUGCCAUCCUCAGGGUACGGAGUGCCUGAUGUGAACAACGGUCUUUCCGAUCAGGGGUACAGUUAUGCAAGAAAUGCUCUGGAUGAACUGAUCAACCAAGAGCCAGCCAACUACGACUUUGGGUACAAAGUCAACGAUCUUCGCACUGGAAGUGAUUUCGGUCAUACAGAGACCAGACAAGAGAACAAGGCUGAAGGAUCAUACUUUGUGGUGCUUCCAGAUGGUACCAAACAGGUGGUGGAAUACGAAGCAGAUGACCAAGGCUUUAGACCCCGUAUCUCUAUAGAAGCAGUCGAUCUGGGAUACGAUGAAAACGCAUCUAAUUUAGCUAAAUCCGGACCGUACUAAACACGUACUCAAUUAAAAAGGUUCCUACAUAACGAUAAAAGGCUUUACGAGAAAUUAAUAGUUGUUAUACUUGAUGAUAUGAAAAAUAUA